CCCAGGCCCUUAGGGACCCCCGGUUGAGCCGGGGCAGGGAUAGGCAGCGAGGCAUAGACACGUUUACUAUAAGACACUAUGCCCAGGGCUACCCUGGGAUGAGAGGUCUGGGGGUCCCAUAAGGGAGCAGCCUGUUGUACCUGUCAAGAGUGGGUUUCAGAGAGGCCAUGACUUUGGGCUGGCCUGGAAAGGUGAGUAGGAUUUUGCCUGGCAGAGGAACUGGAGCAAGCAAUGCACGGACUCUUCCAACAGGGUGUUUUUUAGGGCGAUGUAAGUUUUGGGGGGAGUUGGGAAAGAAGGGUGGGGCAGUGUGAGGAGGGGAUGGAAUCCCCCCCACCCUCCGCCCACAGCCAGAAAGAACUGACUAGCUUAAGGCAGUCUCUGUACUUGUAUCUGCAUAUGCCCUGGAUCCCCCGGAGUUGGAGAGCAUUUUCCUGGUCCAGGACUCAGAGAGGGCCAGGCACCCGCACAAGGUUGCACAGCCUGCCAGCUGGAGACUAAGCCACUGUCUGAGCGGCUUGGACUUUAUCCUGCAGGCAUGGGAGCCCUGGAAGGUUUUAAAAGUAGCAGAGAGCCUGUACCUUUUUAAAAAAGAGUUUUGUAUUUUCAGAAAGAGGCACUCCCCAGGUGAUUGAUACUUAACUUGGGAGCCUGAAUCACCAGUGGGGAAAUGGGGCUUUGUGGAUGGGGGAAGAAAGGGACCACCAAGGGCUACUCAAGUCAAUCCAUCCACGUGAGGGGGGUCUUGGUACCCCAUUCAGAUCUGCCAGAGCUGGGGGCCUAGCCAGGGGCCGUGGGGAGCCCCCAGAAGUGCCUCCGUUCUUCCCCGCUGGAGGAGGCACCACUCCUGCCCCAGAGAUGCCACUGGUCCGGGGUGAGGAGGGGAGGCUGUGAGCCCCACAGAUGCAACUGUUGGAGGGCAUCGACCCUGUGCCCCAGGGAAGGAGAGCGAGAGGAGGUGCUUUGUGGCAGCCCCAGACCAGGAAGUAGCCUCUGCCCCCCCCCGCCCCCCGCUGAGACAUUUCCUGCAGAUGAAAUCACAUCCCCAGCAGGGGAACAGGCCCCCAUUGUGAAGGGCUGGGGUCUCAGAGAAAGGGCGCCUUUCAAGCCCUUAAAAAUAGCAGCCCUGAGAUCCAUGAAUCCACAUGGAGUGAAGCGGCCCAGCCUCCCCCAAUGGCACAGGCCCUGUGACCCCCAUCCCACACCGUGACCUGUCGUUGACCAGCCACAGUAUCCACUAGCCUAGGCGGGGGAGGGGUGGCCGGUUCCCACCCACCCCCACCCCUGGGCUCACAAGCUCUUCCUCUGCCUUGCCCACUCCCUGAGCCCCUCCCUGCCAUUAUCCAGCACCUCUGGGGCCUCUGCUGACAUUCUCUCCCGUGGUCCUCCCCAGAACUUUAGCAGGUGGGGUCGAGUGACAUUUUACAGAUGAGGAAACUGAGGCACAGCUAGUAGGUCACACAGUUAGUGGGUGUCGGGGCCCCGGUUUGAAGCCAGGCAGCCGGGGCACCCAGCCCUGUGCCAGGAUCCUGGGGUGGUGGGCUGGCCCCGGGUACAGGCUGGAGGAGCAGGGCACCCGGUGGGAUCAGCCCGAAGGAGCCCUGCCACGUUAGCUGGGUGGGCACUGGCAGCGGCCGUGGCUGUCGGCCUCAGGCCGGUCGCCCCCUGAGCCUGGGCAGAGGCUGGCACUGCAGGCAUCACUCCGGUGGCUUGACAGAGCUGACAGGCCUUCGGGCACCUCCGCGGGGCCAGGGGCCAGGCUCUCCCGAUUUCCCGCUGGAGCGCAGGGAGGGCAGGGCUGUGCGCACACACGCAGGUCGCGUGUGAGUUCGCAGGUGUGAGGUGAAGGAGUGGCAGCCGGCCUAGACUCCUAGAGGUGAAGGGUGGGGAUGCCCCUUGGGGGAUCGGGGAGGGCCCUCUGCAGGCCCCCCCCCCCGAGAACACGAUGGGUGGGUGGCUGGCAGAGGCAGGACCCUCCAGCCCCCCUAGGACGGCACACCCCUUCCUCCCGCCACCGCAGGGGUCUGGGCGGAGUAGAGCUUAGAGGGGAUGGGAACUGCAGCACCUGCUGGGACCCAGCUGGCCCCCUGCGCCACCUGGAGACGGGAGGGGCUGGGGAGACCCGCAGCUGAAACACCAGCUGUUGGCAGCGCUGGCCGGCCCCAGCCCCUCCUGGGACCCGCCGGCUGGAGCCCCGGCCCUCCACCCCCGGCCACCCCACCCCACCGCGCGGCUCCCGGGCUCUUCAUCCUUCUCCCCACUUCCCAGAAUCCGCGCUCUGACUCCUCCUUGGAGAGAGUGGGAUGAUGUCACUUCCUGAGGGGGGAGGAGUAGGCACGACCCUGACAGGCUAGCCCGCCCUGCGGGCCGCCAGCUCGCGGGGAACAGCCUGGCAGCGGCUGAAGUGGCUGCACCAGGGGGAGAGAGAGAGACGGGCUGGCUUGGACAUGCCGGCUGGCCCCCCGGCCCCAUGUCCCCUCAUCCAGCCUGAGGGCCGUGCCCACCGGCCAGGGGAUACCUGGUCCCUUGCUUCCCGAGUGAUGCUGGUCUCCGAGGACACUCGCUUUCCCCGGAGCCGUCACCGGGGAGAGGAGGAGGACUUGCCGCCCGCCUCUGGACCAGGUGCCAUGAGGUGAGCACCAGGCCCGCUGAGCCUCUGCAGAGCCGCCAGCCAUGCCCGGGAUCGUGGUGUUCCGGCGGCGCUGGUCUGUGGGCAGUGAUGACCUCGUCCUGCCGGCCAUCUUCCUCUUCCUCCUGCACACCACCUGGUUUGUGAUCCUGUCUGUGGUGCUCUUUGGCCUGGUCUACAACCCCAACGAGGCCUGCUCCCUGAACCUGGUGGACCACGGCCGCGGCUACCUAGGCAUCCUCCUGAGCUGCAUGAUCGCCGAGAUGGCCAUCAUCUGGCUGAGCAUGCGCGGGGGCAUCCUCUACACAGAGCCCCGCGAAUCCAUGCAGUACGUGCUCUACGUGCGCCUGGCCAUCCUGGUGAUCGAGUUCAUCUAUGCCAUCGUGGGCAUCGUCUGGCUCACUCAGUACUACACCUCCUGCAACGACCUCACUGCCAAGAACGUCACCCUCGGGAUGGUCGUCUGCAACUGGGUGGUCAUCCUCAGCGUCUGCAUCACCGUCCUCUGUGUCUUCGACCCCACGGGCCGCACCUUUGUCAAGCUAAGAGCCACCAAGAGGCGGCAGCGCAACCUCCGGACCUACAACCUCCGGCACCGCUUAGAGGAGGGUCAGGCCACCAGCUGGUCGCGCCGGCUCAAAGUGUUCCUCUGCUGCACUCGGACGAAGGACUCCCAGUCAGAUGCCUACUCGGAAAUCGCCUACCUCUUCGCCGAGUUUUUCCGAGACCUCGACAUCGUGCCGUCCGACAUCAUUGCGGGCCUGGUGCUGCUCCGGCAGCGGCAGCGGGCCAAGCGCAACGCGGUGCUGGACGAGGCGAACAAUGACAUUUUGGCCUUCCUGUCUGGGAUGCCAGUGACCAGAAACACCAAGUAUCUCGACCUCAAGAACUCGCAAGAGAUGCUCCGCUACAAAGAGGUCUGCUACUACAUGCUAUUCGCUCUGGCCGCCUACGGGUGGCCCAUGUACCUGAUGCGGAAGCCUGCCUGUGGCCUCUGCCAGCUGGCUCGGUCCUGCUCGUGCUGCCUGUGCCCUGCGCGGCCCCGCUUCGCCCCGGGAGUCACCAUCGAGGAAGACAACUGCUGUGGCUGCAACGCCAUUGCCAUCCGGCGCCACUUCCUGGACGAGAACAUGACCGCGGUGGAUAUCGUGUACACCUCCUGCCACGACGCGGUCUAUGAGACCCCCUUCUACGUGGCAGUGGACCAUGACAAGAAGAAGGUGGUGAUCAGUAUCCGGGGAACCCUUUCCCCCAAGGAUGCGCUGACAGACCUCACUGGUGACGCUGAGCGCCUCCCUGUGGAGGGGCACCACGGCACCUGGCUGGGACACAAGGGAAUGGUCCUGUCGGCUGAGUAUAUCAAGAAGAAGCUGGAGCAGGAGAUGGUCCUGUCCCAGGCCUUUGGGCGAGACCUGGGCCGCGGAACCAAACACUACGGCCUGAUUGUGGUGGGCCACUCCCUGGGUGCAGGCACGGCUGCCAUCCUCUCCUUCCUUCUGCGCCCCCAGUACCCUACCCUCAAGUGCUUUGCCUACUCCCCACCAGGGGGCCUGCUGAGCGAGGACGCCAUGGAAUACUCCAAGGAAUUUGUGACAGCUGUGGUUCUGGGCAAAGACCUUGUCCCCAGGCGAGUCGCAAGUCACAAGUUAUGCCCUCUCUCCACAGUCCCGAUCCCGGUUGACUGUUCCUCCCUCCCCGGGGGAUUCCCAUCUCCCCGGGGGGAAUCCCAGAGCCCCCAGAGCCGGAGGAUGGGUGGCCCCACCCUGCCUGACCUCCCUUCCCUGGCUCGGCCCUGCCGAGCUGCUGACUCCCGCCUGCCUGUCUACCCCUCCCACCCUGUGAUCCUGAUGGCAUGGUCUUUUUGUUUCUGUGGCUGCCAUGUGCCUGCCCGCUCUGCCCCCACACCCCACGCCUCUCCCGGGCCCUGGCCAGGCCAGGCUGACACCUGUCUUGCCUCCUUCCCCAGGAUCGGCCUCUCCCAGCUGGAAGGCUUCCGCAGACAGCUCCUGGAUGUCCUGCAGCGAAGCACGAAGCCUAAAUGGCGAAUUAUUGUGGGGGCCACCAAAUGUAUCCCCAAGUCGGAGCUGCCUGAGGAGGUGGAGGUGGCCACGCUGGCCAGCACGCGGCUCUGGACCCACCCCAGCGACCUGACCAUCGCCCUGUCAGCCAGCACCCCUCUCUACCCACCCGGCCGCAUCAUCCACGUGGUCCACAACCACCCAGCAGAGCAGUGCUGCUGCUGUGAGCAGGAGGAGCCCACAUACUUUGCCAUCUGGGGUGACAACAAGGCCUUCAACGAGGUGAUCAUCUCGCCGGCCAUGCUGCAUGAGCACCUCCCCUAUGUGGUCAUGGAGGGGCUCAACAAGGUGCUGGAGAACUACAACAAGGGAAAGACGGCCCUGCUCUCUGCUGCUAAGGUCAUGGUGAGCCCCACUGAGGUGGACCUGACUCCCGAGCUGAUCUUCCAGCAGCAGCCGCUGCCCACAGGGCCACCCGUGCCCGCCGGCCUCGCCCUAGAGCUGCCCACCGCAGACCACCGAAAUAGCAGCGUCAGGAGCAAGUCCCAGUCCGAGGUGAGCCUGGAGGGCUUCUCCGAGGGGCGGCUGCUGUCCCCGGUGGCCGCGGCCGCAGCGGCCCGCCAGGACCCCGUGGAGCUGCUGCUGCUGUCCACCCAGGAGCGGCUGGCGGCGGAGCUGCAGGCCCGGCGGGCGCCGCUGGCCACCAUGGAGAGCCUCUCAGACACCGAGUCGCUGUACAGCUUCGACUCGCGCCGCUCAUCAGGCUUCCGCAGCAUCCGCGGUUCACCCAGCCUCCACGCCGUGCUGGAGCGCGACGAGGGCCACCUCUUCUACAUCGACCCCGCCAUCCCGGAGGAGAACCCGUCCCUGAGCUCGCGCACCGAGCUGCUGGCGGCCGACAGCCUGUCCAAGCACUCCCAGGACACGCAGCCCCUGGAGGCGGCCCUGGGCAGCGGGGGCGUCACCCCGGAGCGGCCCCCCAGCGCGGCGGCCAACGAGGAGGAGGAGGGGGGCGACGGCGGCGGGGUGGCCCCGGGGGCCGAGCUCGCGCUGCACAACGGGCGCCUGGGGGACUCGCCCAGCCCUCAGGUGCUGGAGUUCGCCGAGUUCAUCGACAGCCUCUUCAACCUGGACAGUAAGAGCAGCUCCUUCCAGGACCUCUACUGCAUGGUGGUGCCCGAGAGCCCCACCAGCGACUACGCCGAGGGCCCCAAGUCCCCCAGCCAGCAAGAGAUCCUGCUCCGCGCCCAGUUCGAGCCCAACCUGGUGCCCAAGCCCCCGAGGCUGUUUGCCGGCUCGGCUGACCCCUCCUCGGGCAUCUCACUCUCGCCCUCUUUCCCUCUCAGCUCCUCGGGGGAGCCCAUGGACCUGUCGCCCACGGGUCUCAGCAGCCAGGAGUGCCUGGCAGUGGACAAGAUCCGGACUUCUACCCCCACCGGCCGAGGGGCCAGCCCCGCCAAGCAGGACGACCUGGUCAUCUCGGCUCGCUAGCACCCCAGGCGUGGCUGCCGGCUGAGGCCCAGGCCAGAGUAGGUGGCCCCCCGGGCUCCUGGUGGCUGCCCCCAGGGCCAGGCCGCUUUGAGGAGAGGCCCCCAGGGGCCGGUUUAGCCUCAGGCACGGGACACUGCUGCUGAGCUGGGGGUCCACGUCCCUACCUCAGCUUAGGACCACCAGGCGGCUGGGAUCUGGGUCCUCCAGAUUGGCGAGGGGUGUGAUGCAGGGGGGAGCCUGGGGCAGCCGGCCCGGUGGGCAGGGCAGCGCUCUGCCCUCUCGGCCUGCCUGUCCCCCACAGGGCAUCCCGGCACCCCCUAUUCCAGGACCGGCAGUGGGCAUGCUGACUCCCCAUCACUGCCCUCUGGCUGCUCUCCCAGGGCCCAGAUGGAGAGCAGCCCUCUCCCCACAUAUUCACGUCUGUGGUCCAGGCUGGCAUCUGCCCUGGCCACCCCCCAGAUCUGGUGCCUGCUGGCCAGCCCCCUGGGGUGACCCCACACCAAGGUGGCCCGCAGUGCUGUGUAUGUUUACAGAAGCCGCUGGGCUGGGCUCGGGAUGUUUCCUGGGCUUGCAAGCCCCCCUCUCCCCCAUCGUGUGUUCUGAGCAGGGAAAGGAGGAAGGCCAGGCUCCACAGAGCCCAAGGCAGCCAUGGAGCCUGGAGGGGCCUGGAGGGGCCUGGAGGGGCCUGGAGGAGGGUGGGAUCAAGACGGCCGCUUCUCUGCUCCGUGCCCCUCAUGCCGAUCUCUCUGGCAGUGGGUCCUGGGCACCCUGGCCUGCCCUGUCUGCCCAUUAGUUCCUGGCUUGCCUUCUACCCCCAGGGAUCCUGGCCACUCAAAGGGUGGAGGGCACAGGUGUGACCACCCCUGGCUGCAGAGUCAGUGCCCUGGGAAGAAGGAGGGCACCCAAAUCCCCCUUCCUUUGAGGGCUCCGUGUAGCUCCUUUAUAUCACCUCGCCCCCACACCUAGGCAGCCUCAGGCCCUGGGAUCUGAAACCAGACAUGCCUCCACCCCCCCCCCCCCCCAGCCACCCUCUUCACUGGCCUGAGCUCCUUCCUGGCAGUGGGGUUUUCUUCCCUACUCCCUGCCCCACCCCCCCAUCAAUGUCCUGUCGGCAGGAAGCAAGGCCAAGAGCAGGGUAUUGUGGGACCCGACUAAAGGAGGUGCAGGAGGGCCAGGGACUCUGGGGCUGUCCUGGGUUACUGGAGGCCUCCCCAGCCCACACCUGAGGGGGGUUCCUUCCCUGCUGGGUUGGGGAACCACAGGGAGCUGGAGGCCAGCCUUUCCCCAGAAGCCCAGUGGGGAAGGUCCGAGCUGGCGUGGCGCGUGUGUGCAUGUGCAUGAGUGUGUGGCGCUCCUGAGGAAGGGGCUGCUGGGGCCCCCGCCCCACCCUACCUGCCCUGCCACUUUCCCAGCCUGCCAAGAACACAGCCAGUGACUGCGAUGGGGGCCCGUGCCCGGGGCGGGGGGGGGGGGGGGUGCGGUGCACAGGACGGGCUUGGUCUCAGAUGUGUCCUACCUGCUGCUCUGAUCCCCGGUUUGGAAAACCGAUGUGUGCCCAGACGCUGACUGCCCGCUUGUGCCUUCGUCUCCUCGGAGGCAUACUCCCCCUCUCUGGCCCCCCACGGCCUCUCUGGGGCUGCUAGACGCAUUCCCCUGACCAAGACCCCCCACCCCACACCCUCAUCUCAUGAUGACUCGUAUCUGGGGCCUGUGUCCUGACCCUGGUCCCACACACAGCUGGGACUGGCCUGGACACUGCCCUAGGACCCCUGCCCACCCUGACGGAUGGAAACAGAGACCUGGGAGCUGGGCCUCCCUCCCUCUCUGACACCCACCCUCACCCAAGACUCCAGGACACUCCCACACCCCCCCACCCCCCGCUGCAGGCCCGCUGCUGGCAUAGCCUGGGCCCAGCGCAGAAACAAAAUGGAAUCAGUAGCUCUUAGAGUUUAAAAAAAAAAAAACAACAAAACAAAUCGUAAAUCAGAGUAAAGUUCCAACAAGCACCUCAGCCAAUUGCAGGGAGAGACUUGGUGUCUGGUCUUUUAAUUCCUCCUCUGCCAGGGUGGCCCUGGGACCUCUAAGGGGGCGUGGUCCCCACCCACGCCCAGGACUGAGCCAUCAGGGACAGACCCCCCACCCCCAAGCCCGCAGCCACACAAAGGUUACAGACUUGGGGCUGGGGCAGGCUCGGACUCAGCCCUGGAGGCCCCAGGGUCAGCCCACCCCGAACCCGCCCCCUCCCCACCGCACCCCUGCAGGAUGGGCCUACUGCACAUCUCUCCCCUCCUCCCGACACCGCACUUGGGGGGUCUGAGCCACCCCCCUCAGCCCAGCUAGGCUCAGACCCACUCCCCCUCUGUCCCCCAGACUGCAGCACAAGCUUUCCCAGCCUCGAGCGGGCCUGUCCUCCCAGGGGCCUGGGUGACCUCCAUAUGCAAUCGGUAGCGAGCAGCUGGGCCCCACAGACACUCAGGCACUGUACGUGCCAUCCCCCAUGACUUUUUGUACUUACUGUAUGAAAGAUCCAAACUAAUAUUGCUGUAAAAAGGAGAGACAAAUUAAUAUAGCUUAUUCUAUAAAUAUAUCUGUAUAUAAAGGUUUCUGUAUAUUGUAUAGAGCUGUGUAUAAACUGGAUGUAGAAGCACC